AUGUCAAUGCAGUCGGUUUGCAACAGCGAGCCAGAGGGUGUGGACUUGGACAAUUUGUUCGAGGACUAUGUCGAUACGGGUCUCCUACGCCCCUCCAACAACUCAUCAUCUGCUCAGUCCAGCCCGGACGAGUUGGCGUGUCUCCUAGGGAUCGCUUCGUCGAAUGAGAGUGACUUGUUCGGGGCUGAAUCUAUACUCAAUCGGGAAACAAAGGCUGCUUGGCACAAGGCUCUCCAAGAGUGUGACCAGAGCUUUGCCUCCCCAUGGUCUGAUUAUUCUGCCUCUCCCUCAUACAUUGCUUCUCCUUCUGCCACAGAUUAUUACAGCGACUCCGAGUCGUUGAGCUUUCCAGGGGUCAUCGGGUCAGUCAGAGAACAGUUGCGGUCCAUGUCCCAGCCUUGCACACCGCGACCUCACACAUCCCGUCGGUCCCUCGAGAAGGCUGUAGCCUUUCAGAACCAAAUGAAAUACCGUGAUACCAGGAAUUUAUCAAAGACGUCAACAAGGCCUUCUUCUAGAACGAUGCAGGCCUCUUGUCCCCGUCCUUAUACCCCGGAUCUAUGGAACAACCAGACGGCCCCAAUACACAUCGUUUCGAGAACUGCAUCUGAAGAACCCGCCUCGCUCGUUACGCUGUCUGAGUUUGCCGAGGAUGAAAACAAAGACUGCCUUCUUGCCCAAGAAUACGGUCAGGUGCACACUCUUGGUCAUUCGCUGCUUCCGACGAAUGACGAACAGUAUUUCUCGCACUACCAAUCGACCACUUCAGCCUCUCUAGUAAUGGAAGGACCGAACCGAAAUCACCACAAUGAAAAUAUGGACCUUAGUUUUAGCCCAGGCAAUACGUCUAGUUCAGCAAUCUCAGCCUUGUUGACGCCACCGAUAUCCCUUCCAUUAACUAGCAAGCCAUGGAUUCCUGACACAACACCCACCCUAGACUUUGACUUUUCAGCGCCACCCGAUCUGGUAGACACCGGCAACACAGCUAGUUGGUGGGCCGGCGAAUCUACUGGCACUGGCUACUCCACAGCAAACACCCUACACUUCACCAGCUCAAACACGGAACUCCACGGCCUAGGCAUAACCUGCGAACCCACCCCCUUCAACUACACCGUCCAUCCCGCCCACACCCUCCCUUCCUCUUUCCUCCCACUCACCCACCGCACCCCCUCCCCACCACCACGCAAACCCCACCCCCGCCCACGCACCCGCCCCAACACCUCGCGCCCCCGCCGCUCCAGAACCUCUUCCCCAAACUCUAUCUCCCGCACCACCGCAGCAAACACGGGCUUCGUCAACUUCACACCCGAAGACAGCAGGAAAAUCCUAACUGGCGUGGCGCCGAGCGGAAGCAGCAAGACGAAAGCGCGGCGUGAGAGGGAGGCUGCGGAGCGAAGGCGGAAGUUGAGUCAGGCGGCUAUGAAGGCGGUGUUGGAGGCGGGUGGGGAUGUCGAGAGGAUUAGGGGGUUGGAGGGGGAGAUGUUGGUUGUGUAG